UUCAUCAUAAAGCGCGAUCAGCUGAUGGGAACUGACUCACCACUUCCCGGACAACAUGUAGGACCACAUCGAGCCGAGAACACAGAGAACUGGAUUUUACUCUCCGGACUCAGAUUCUGCUGAGGUGGAUCGGUCCGAGCCGCCUGGAUCCGGAUUCAGACUCUCCUGUGUGAAUCCAUGGCGGUGGUUUGAGAGCUGCUCCUCCUCGCUGCUCCUCCUCGCUGCUCCUCCUCGCCACCUGAAACUGAACCAGAGUGAAGAUGUUCGUCGGGGGGAGGCUCUCCUCCUCCUCCGCCCUCCUGCCUUCUGGGAGGGAAACGCCGGCGCUGCAGCUCAACCCGGUCGACGUCCCCGCCCUGGAGAUCAAACUGGGAGCGCUGGUGGUCCUGCUCUCCGUCACCCUGCUGUUUGGCUUCGCCCCGCUCUGCAUCGUCCGGGGAGCCGGGUCCUUCUGCGUGGACCCAGAUUUGCGGCGCCGGCUGCUGAGUCUGAUCAGCUGCUUUGCUGGAGGAGUGUUCCUGGCCACCUGUCUGCUGGGCCUGCUGCCGGACUACCUGCAGGGCAUCAACGAGGCCUUCAGCAACGCAGGAAUCACACUCCAGUUCCCUCUGCCCGAGUUCAUCGUGGCCAUGGGCUUCUUCAUGGUCCUGGUCCUGGAGCAGAUCAUCCUGGCCUUCAAAGACCAAUCCUCCCCUCACACGGAGGAGCGCCGGUCUCUGCUGGUGGACUCCAGCGUGCAGGCGAACGACGGCAGGAACGGUCGUCAUCACUCUCACCGCCGGCGCGGGUCGGAGGAGUCCGACGGCGGCCACUUCCACGUGGACUUCAGCUCCCAGUCCGCCCUGCGCGCCUUCAUCCUGGUCUUCUCGCUGUCGCUGCACUCGGUGUUUGAGGGUUUGGCGGUGGGGCUGCUGGAGGAGGGGAAGGAGGUUCUGGAGAUCUGCCUGGCGCUGAUGAUCCACAAGAGCAUCAUCUCCUUCAGCCUGGCCUUCAAGCUGUCGCAGAGCCGGCUGCGGCGGUCGGUGGUGACGGGCUGCCUGCUGCUGUUCGCCGCCAUGUCCCCGCUGGGCAUCGGCGUGGGCGUAGGCCUCACCGAGACCAAGGCGUCGCCGCAGCACCAGCUGGCCCGCAGCACGCUGGAGGGGCUGGCGACGGGAACCUUCCUCUACAUCACCUUCAUGGAGAUCCUGCCGCACGAGCUCAGCGCCGCCAGGAACCGCAUCCCCAAGGUGGCCAUGCUGCUGGUGGGCUUCGCUCUGGUCACCGCCGUGCUCUUCAUCAAACUGUAACCGUGGAAACGGACAACAGGAAGUCCUUCCUGUUCAUUGGUGAACUCUCUAUCGCUCAACUUCAUCCUUCCCUGUACUUAAAUAUGCUACGUGCUUGGCUAAUCUAUGCUGCAACCGCCGACAUAUAUAAAGAUAAACGUCAGAAAAUUACAACGGAGUAUUAAGGCCAUACUAAGAGGAAAAAUAAAUAAAUAUAUAGUCGUAAUAAUACCAGAAUAAAGUCGUAAUCAUACGAGAAUAAAGUCGUAAUAAUACCAGAAUAAAGUCGUAAUAAUACGAGAAUAGUCGUAAUAAUAUGAGAAUAAAGUCGUAAUAUUACCAAAAUAAAGUCAUAAUAAUAUGAGAAUAGUCGUAAUAAUAUGAGAAUAAAGUCGUAAUAUUACCAAAAUAAAGUCAUAAUAAUAUGAGAAUAGUCGUAAUAAUAUGAGAAUAAAGUCGUAAUAUUACCAAAAUAAAGUCAUAAUAAUAUGAGAAUAGUCGUAAUUUUACCAGAAUAAAGUCGUAAUAAUACGAGAAUAAAGUCGUAAUAAUACGAGAAUAAAGUCGUAAUAUUACCAAAAUAAAGUCAUAAUAAUACCAGAAUAAAGUCGUAAUAUUACCAAAAUAAAGUCGUAAUAAUACCAGAAUAAAGUCGUAAUAAUACGAGAAUAAAGUCGUAAUAAUACGAGUAUAAAGUCGUAAUAAUACGAGUAUAAAGCACAAAAGAAGCAAUUUCUUCUGAGUCCCUGUGGUUCUUCCUUCGAAAUAGCACAGUUUGCACAAACAUUUCAAAGUCCUGGUACUGAUAAUAAUUUGAUGCUGAUGUGACAAAAGAUUAAGUAUUUCCUUAUUUGUGAAACCGUUAAAUUAAGUAUAACUUAACAAGAUGCUCAACAUUCCUCAUUUUAACGAAGCAGGAAGAUAAAAUUACGACUUUAUUCUCGUAAUUUCCCCCCAAAAAUUAAUCUUUUCUGUAAAUGUCUUAAAGAUUGUAGGAUUUAGUGGCAUCUAGAGGCAGAUUACAACUCACUUGUUCAACCCUCCCUUUCCAACCUCGAGGGGACUACAGUGACCACGAAACACCCGAUAAAGGUCCCUAUGUAGUGUCGGUGUUUGGUUUGUCCCUUCUGGACUACCGUACAAACUCCAGAGAAGGAAAGGUGUCUUCCUCAGGUAACAAAAACGAUUUUAUAUUCAGGUGAUUUUACACAAAUAUAAACACUAUAAAUAUUAUAUAACGUUGUUACAGAGUUACCAUUUCCUGUUGGUUCGUAAAGGGAAAACUAUGGAAGCCCAUUUCUGCCAAGAAGAUACUGACUUAAUAUCACAAAGUAAUUAUUUUGAGAUACCACAGAAAUUUACAGAAUCUGUCACAUAGCAGUUUUUUUACUCUGUAGUCGUUAAAAACGUGCCGACGUGAGAAUAUGUGAUUUCUUUCUUCUUCCUCCGACGAACCGACAGAAACAGAAACCGCUUUGUGUUCCAGAUUUUCCCCCUUUUCACUUCGGCUUGAAAGGAAGUCUUUUAUUUAGCCGAGGCCGUGCAGAGAAAACGCUGCGCUGAGCAAACACAAUGAGCUGGUUGUUGUUGUUGUUGUUGUUGUUGUGCAGUCAGACGGGGCUUUACAACCGGGGCUGCUGGAUGUCCGAGCCCAUUCGUGUCUCCUCCUUUAAGAUCAGCUUUGAUUUUAUUUUCUUUAACUUGUGCAGUGAUCAGGAUGUAAUGACUGAAAUGUAUUUUUGUGAUUACGAACACCAAAGUCUUUGAUCCAAAGUCUUUUUAAACACUGCAGUAUUUUAAUCGUUGUGUUGAAUGUAUGAAAUGUAUCAUAUUUUGUAUUGUGAUGAUCAGACUGAAUUAAACAUGAAAUAGUUUUUCAGAUCAUAAA